GCUGGUUUCAGACAGGGAACAGAACCAAAAAUGGGGAUUCCAGCUGGUUUUAGACAGGGAACAGAGCCAAAAAUGGAAAUCCCUUUAGGCUUCAGGCAGGGAACAGAACCCUCCAUUGCCAGAGUUCAAACGCAGACAGCGACCUGUACGGGCAAGAUCAUCAACAAUAAAUGCUACCAGUUUAACCCACUGCAGUUGGCCUUCAAAGAUGCCCAGGCCUUAUGCAGAAAUCUUGCUCCAAAAGCUGAGCUUGCAUCUGUAACAAACAGUGACCUGCAUUCCAGUCUGGUUUCUCUGGUGACCAACGAUGGCCAGAGUAACCCUGUGUUGACCUGGUUGGGAGCCACAGUUAAGAACCAGCAGGCCUCAUGGGUUGAUGGGUCAGAAUGGAGUUACACCGACUGGAUGCCGGGUCACCCCAACAUUCACACAGAAAAACUGGUCUGUGUUGAGAUGUUCAAGAUAGAUGAGAGAUGGUGGACAGCGGCUGACUGUGAGCUAAAGAGGGCGUCCAUCUGUUCCUAUCCUGUCUCUGCAUGA